UUUUUUUUUUAUUUUUAUUUGAGUAACUUUUGCCCAUUAUCAAUAUACCAGCAUUUUUUUUUUCCGUUAGAAAAGAAGUCAUUCACAAGAAAGAAAAGGAAAAGGCUCAAAUAUACGCUUGUUCAUUGAAUGAGCCAGUAGAGCAGUAUCUGUUACAAAGGAAAGGCGAAAAAAUUCGUGAGAAAGAUAAACCUGGCUCCCCAAGAUAAGUUAAUAACAACAUCCGGGACUUCGUCAGAACAACCAGGCACACCAAGAAUUCUAUCAAUAGAGCUUUCAACAUCCGUGCAAGCAGAUAACAAUGGAAGAAAAUGAAGAGUGCCGCAUACCACUCAGUCCGCUUAUUGCUCAUGCAGGAGGUGAUGAUGCCAUCGCACGCCAGCAAAUAGAGCAACAGAAUGAACAACAACAACAACAACAGCGAGACUCUUAUAAUCAAUCAAUCUCUUUUGAUGAUAGUGGUGACACUACGCUCGACAAUUCCAACUUAAACAGCAAAGGCAGCCGCCCUCAAGUUCACUACUGUCACUCUACUACUCAAGGCAUUCUUAGACGUAUUUCCUUGCCACAAAGUCGAGUACGGGCUCGCUCUUAUUCUUCCCCUGAGCAACCUUCAGCUCGAACUGUUGGCAUAAGCCGUGCGCGGAGCAACAGUUGCUAUAUCGUCAACAACACCCAACUUAAACAGACUUGCGAUGAACUGGGUAUUUUGUAUUAUGGCCCCACAGCAAUUGAAGAAGAGGAAGCCGCAUUAAACUAUGCAGCUGAACUUGCAGCCGCUAGAGCUGCUAGAGUUGGUUCUGGCAUUAUUGAUCGGCGCAGGUCGCUUAGAUUCAGCCGUGCAGCGGCCUCUACAUCAGCAGCUAGCCCGGGGUCAAAUGUAUCUAGGUCCAGAUCCAGGUCCAUAUCCAUAUUUAAUCUUGGAUUCGGGAGCUCUUCACACGAUCUUGAAGCCGCUUAUAACAGCGAAGAUGAGGACCAAGAUGAGGAUGAAGAAGAAUCUGUAGAUGAAGAGGAGCAACAACGUCGAAUCGAGGAAGAGCUGAAGAACGAAAAGGAUCAUUGUUUAUCAGGAAUUCUCUUACCUCGAUCCCAAUUCUUCCGGACAAGCGUCAUUUGCAGUAACACCAUGGCUCGCGAUGGAUUUGCCAAUGAACGAACAUUCCUUUCCUGGUUGAACGCAACUUGCGCCCUUUGCUUAAUUUCUUUAUCAUUCAUCACUCGAGCGUUCAGUCUAGAUAGUUUUACAGAGCAACUCCAGGGUAGAGCUGAAGUUCAGCACAAGAAUCGAGUUUCUCGAGUCAUUGGAUAUGCGUGUUUCACUGUAGCGUUCUUUGCAGCCAUCUACAGUAUGCUCAAAUACCUGAGAAAUAUAAGGAGGAUUUCUACAAGAUAUCCAUUUGUUCAAGCAGGCGUGUGGACUUUUACUGUUGGCAUGUUCAUGGGAACGUUGGUUAUGGUUGCUCUCGUACUUGCAUACACCACUAAUAUCUAAAAGUACUCAAUAAGCAUCAAUGAACUUAAUCUUAGUAGACAUUACAAGCACUCCCAAAUCAAAUCAUAUAGCAUUCAUUCUUCUAAUAUAAC